AUGGAUACGUCGCCUCCCAUUAUGCCUGCGUCCAAUGAAAUGGCCUCCGCCAGUACCGAACCCGGCCCGAGCGGCACCUCCACAUCAGCUAUGGAGACGGCCUCGGGUCCAGCGCAGAGUGACUUUGAACGCAUUAACGAGGUGACCGACGCCUCGGACGAGAUCCUGAAGUACAACAUUGAAGUUCACCGGUCGAUUGUAAACGCGCGACCUUGGAACAAGGAUCCGCACUACUUUAAAUCGGUCAAGAUAUCAGUGGUGGCUCUUUUGAAGAUGCUCAUCCACGCGCAGUCAGAUGGCAUUUAUGAGGUGGGUUUUUCCACUAUUACUAUUACUGAAAGAAGCCGGGGUUUGCCGGUAUUAUGUGCUGUGAGCUUUUUAACGCAUAGCACUUUCAUUCCGUGCCCGCUUUUAGCAUCAUCUUCAACUUCCCAAUUUUCCCCAAACUCAUAACACGCCUUGAUGUUUCAGUGCCCUUGACUACCACCGAAAAGUGCCCUUUCCUUCUUCGCUUCUCUGAUUUUCUUUCUCGACCUCUCAAAUGCCUUUACUUUGAAGGCUCCAUUUUUUCUGCCUGCUGAUAUAUAUAUAUAUAUAUGAUAGAGAAUACGCGCGGCCCAGGUAAUUGCAUAGAAGAAUACGGGAAGGCGAUCGCUGGGACCAAUGGUUUAUUUAUCCGACGUUUCGAACUCUCACGCGAGCCCAUCGUCAAGGAAUGAAAAAACUGUACAGCUCGUCGUGUAUUUAGCUCACCUCUGCCGGGGGUGACCUCUAGCUGCGCUGUUGAUUUGUUCACGGAGUGCUUGAUAGGCGAUUGGCAGAUCGAUAUGUCGAUUAAUCGCGUCCUCAGUUGAGUGCCACGCUUCCUGCAGCAGGCGCGCAACUCGGUUGUCUGACUGUCCUAGUAUUCUCACGCUCCCAAAGUCAAAGGCGUGUCCUGGCGAGGAGGCGUGGGCGGCUACCAAAGAGAGUUUAUCCUUCCGUCUCACGGCCAAUUCAUGCUCAUGCAAUCUCGUGCGGACCUGUUUUCCGGUUUCACCAACAUAACUGGCCUGACCGCAAUUGCAGUCUAUGCGGUAGAUGACCCCCGAUUUCUGAUUUAUGGGAAUCGGAUCCUUGGGCUGCAUGAGUUGACGGCGGAUUGUGGCUUCAGGUCUGUGCGCGACGCCGAUCCCAAAUUCGCUCACCAGUCUGGCGAAUUCUUCUGACAAACCAGCUACGUACGGAACUGCGCGCCAGCACUUCGGUUUCGGGCAGCCUCAAGGAACUCUCGGCCUUUCUUGAAGGGGCAGGCGCCGACAAUCGGGAUUUUCGUGCUGGAUUUCCCUAAACUCACUGUCUUGUUCAACAUAAGUGGAAUUUGGUUACAAAACCAUGACGGUUCGACCGUCGUUGCUGACGAUAUCCACUGUGUGCCCCACAGUAAGUUGGGCGUAGGGACGGUGACUUGUGCGUAAAUUAGUUUGUGAUGGUAGCAGACUUGCAUAGUAUCCACCGUUCUCUCUCUCUCCUCCCUCACAUAUCUGAGCCUGGUGCCAAGACCGCAGGUAGGAUCGGGCGCAGUGGCGGGCAGAACUAAACAACCUGUCUACGCUUGCCAUGCAAGAAACAAGGCUGGGUACGACUUGGGUCCCAUCUGACUUCCCGUCUUGUGAGGCGAACCGAGUUAGCAGCCUUCCAAACCGCGGCUUUUAGCACACCGCGAUAGUUUGAACGCGCGUCUGAUUACUAAUAGUGAGGAAUAUGCGCUGUGUGCCGUGGCGACGCAGGCUCCAGAAUCGACUUCGCCCUAUCAUCCCUCUCUCGGACACUAGUCAACUGUCCGAGCAGGUCUGAUGCGGACAUCAGGCAAGACGUGGGUCUGUGCCUAGGCGGGCCACUAGAGAUACGCACACCCACAGACACAGGACGCGUGACCCACGUUUCCUUUCAAACUAGCGCUCUAUCAGUGCUCCUCGCAUAAAUCAGUUCUUGUCGAGGUAGAUCAGUCAUUUGUUCACUUUAGGAGAAGCCCAAGUCGGUUCUGUCCUUUGUUACCAAGGUAUCCGAUCUGUCGUAUGUCCCGGUCAAAAUAUGACUGGCGGAAGAGGGUCCUAGUAAGCCCAGGGUACUUGGAGUGUCAGGCUGUUCAUUACACUUGAGGUGAUUUGGGCGUGUUCUCCGUCGUCCACCUCAGGUGGUCAGUGUAACGGCCUCGAUCCAGCACCGUUACCCCUAUUGGAGGCGUCGAAGACGGGUUCAACUCAAAACCCGACUCGGCACUGUUCGUCAAGAUAUGGAGGUAGUUUUGGGCCUUCGGUAUUCGGUCUCCGACGUUGGCGAAGAGAAUGGAUUGAAUUAUUCAGGUAUGCUGUCUCGGAUCUUCGCGCGUGGAGAGGUACAGAUCGAGACAUCGAGGCCGGCUAGAUCGGGCAUGGUCGCAGACGUACGAAGUACAAGUAAGCAAAUACCCCUCAUAACUCCAGCAGUGUCUUACAACAUCCCAGGCGAAGAAAAGCAUUGCGGACACAACUUGGACGAUGUGAGCACAGUUUGUGUGUUGCGCAUAUCAAUUUGUUUUUUUUUGGGAUUAUUUGGACUGCAUACUUGAGUUUAAUACAGCUCUCGUCUUUGUCGGCCUACCACUAAUCCGGGUUCAGUUUUAUUGCGGGAAAUGUAGGUCUUCACCUUUGAACUCCCUAUUGGUUUAGAGGCAACUGGAAAAUCUCAAAAAUUGGAAAAGGCAUCAUAAAGGUAACAAAUAAUCGGCAAAGCGUCAGCUCUGUACGGACGAAAAAACUGUUUCGAAUAUUAGUGGUGCGAGCAGUUGUACGGCGGUCGUUUCGAGUACAGGGAAAUAAAUAAUAUACCCGUUGACAAAAGUAGCAUAGGUGCAUGUCAGAAGCGUAAGCGAUGGGUUGGAGACAAUAAGAAAUUCAAUUUAAAUGUUACUGAAAUAUAGCAAGUGGUAUUAUAACAAUGGGAUUUGUCGGGGUUACAGAGGUCGGGUGGUAAUUUAGUGGACACUGCUACACAAAUCCAGCCUCCUCGACAGAAAUAGACAUAACGACAUCCGGAGGGAGGGCGUUCCAAGCAUCUAGCACUCUGUUAGAGAAGAAGCACUUUCGUGUGUCCAACCUGACCCCGGUCACACGUAAUUUGAAUGGAUGACCUCGUAGGUUUGUGGUGGUUGAUAACUCGAAGAAGUCCCCCUGUACGAGGCUGCAGUCCUGACCGCGUAUGAUACGGAAGGCUUGUAUCAGGUCACCCUGUAACUGCCUGUAACCCAAGGGAAAAAGAUCAAGGUUAGCUAACCGCGUUGCACAUGGUAGUGAACUCUGUCCUGCCACAAGUUUCGUUGCACGCCUUUGAACCCUUUCGAGGAUGCUGAGGUGCUUCGCGGUCCAGGGUCUGCAAGCUUGGAUAGCAAAUUCCAGUUGCGGCCGCACAAACGUUCGAAAGACUUUAGCGAAGCAGUCUUCAUCAAAGGCCGAGUAAGGCCGAGUAAGCUUGUCGUCAAAUAGCUGCGCCCCCCCCCCCCCCCCCUAGCGAUGUACUUUUUCCUAUGACCCUUGCACUCCGCUUCUUUGCCACAUGCAGACACAUCCGCCACCACUGCUUUCUUUUGCAGGUCAUGGGGAUGCUCAUCGGCAAGGUGGCUCACGAGACAAUGAUUGUUGUGGACUGCUCUCCUCUGCCUGUCAAAGGAACUGAAACUCGAGUGAAUGCUCAGGUUCGGACUUUUCGCUUUUCUGAUCCAACUAACUACCUUGUUACGACAACCGGAAAUCUUGCUUUUAUUUAAUCUGCAAUGGUAUUUUGGCAGAUUUUAAAUAGUUCAUAUUGACCCAACUGUGAAAUGGGAUUAUGAACCUAAACCUAAAUAUACGCUUUCUUCGAGUAUAAAAUCUAAGGAUAAGGUGAUAUUCAACCAAACGCGUAAAGGACAGUAUAUUUUGUGCGUGUUUUCUCUAAAGUAUAUUUGAAUUUAUAAAACCAUCGAAAGUCAGUGUGAAGAAUGCAUGCUACAUAAGUAGUCAUUAUUUACCGAGUGUGGUUUCUGCAGAGGUCGAAAGGAAGUGCAUUCAAAAACCGACAUCCUGGCGAGUCCGAAAUAUUAUAGCAUUAUGCCGCAAGCUAAUCAAUAUUACAAUCCCACCUUAGUAAUCCUUCCUAAUUAAAAACGAAUUUCAGCCAACAUUUCACGAGAUCGGCCGCUCACCGUAUGUUGACUGAGAUUUCUAUUGUCAUUGCUAGGGUAAUGAUAAGCGUGCAUGCCAUCUUGCGCGCAACUUUACGGUGCCGUCAUCGGGCUUUGCAGCCUUUUUUAUAAGCCAUCCAGCGUGCCAGACCGCAGCACUCCGCACCCUGGUAGCACUGUCGCUGCUGGUUCGCGAAUGCUUAUUCGUAAGGCACACGGGUCUGCGUAUUUCGCAGCUAACCCUCACUGAAGUCCGUUCAGCUGUCCACCACUUGUAUAUGCGGCGGGUAGGCAGGCUAACAGGCAACCCAUAGUAAGCAAGCAAGUAGUAAGUACUUAUCUCUGCUGGUUUCUUCCCACAGACUUUUCUCAUCAUUGCAAUCCUUCCUACAGGCAGAGGCCUACGAGUACAUGACAACCUACAAGGAACUGGUUUCGCGCGUUGGCCGAACGGAAAACGUGCUGGGCUGGUACCACUCCCACCCUGGGUACGGCUGCUGGCUUUCUGGCAUUGAUGUGAGCACACAGCUCAUGAAUCAGACCUACCAGGAGCCCUUUGUCGCAAUUGUCAUCGACCCGAUCAGGACAGUCUCCUCCGGCAAGGGUGAGUGUUAGGACCGUUGGGUUUCAGUUACGCUGAGGUUACGCGAAAGGCCUCCGGUAUCGUUUAAUCAACUAUCCUGCAGAAUUUCACAAAGGAACUUUACAAGUGACUGCAAAAUGUUUGUUCUUUUAACUUGGCGAAUGGAAGCUGCAUCCAAGACCCUAGGGAUUUCCGUCGGAAUGUUCCCGAUAGGAUUCGAAGGAUGUUAGGAUUUUAGUCUUGAAAUCUUUUAACUGUGAACCUCUUUUUCGCUUUACUUAAAAUAUUUCCCGAAAAUGAAUAUCUUGACUACAAAAACUCCUUGGAAUUCAUUGACCGUUGUUGGUCCUGCUUGUCCUUGCUCUCGUUAUUUUAGUUAAUCUUGGCGCCUUCCGAACUUAUCCCAUCGGUUACCGACCACCGGACGAGGGUCCCUCCGAGUACCAGUCCAUCCCGAUGGACAAGAUUGAGGACUUCGGCGUACACUGUAAACAGUACUACUCCCUUGACGUGAGCUACUUUAAGUCUUCCCUGGAGAGUCGCAUCAUUGGUCUCCUUUGGAACAAGUAUUGGGUCAACACUUUAAGCUCUGCAAGCAUCCUUGCCCAGCCAAACCACCUGACGGACCUCACCAAGGACCUCGGUGAGAAGGUUGGGACGACUGUUUCAACGGUAGGGCUAUUCACGUAACUGCUACGUUUCCCUCUUUUUUCCUGCCUAUUCCCCCUCCUGCGUGUGUGCAAAGUAAAUUGUUGCUACUACAUUAACUUAAGUAGCAAGUGAAGGCAUUGCACAAUACUCUCAACACAGGUACUAGCUAAAAGCCCAGACACGUGUUUCGCCGAUAUUCUGCCGCUGCGUGACACAGCUGCGAGGGGUUCGGCCCCCUCAGUGGGUCCCCCAGUGUUCUCUAUCCGGUUUAUGGUAUGUGCCCUGCCUACUGAUGUUGUGCUCUCCUGUGUGGAUUCAUUCAAGUGUAAAUUCGACGCGUGUCAAGCUUCUCUAUUACCAGCCACACGCACACUCACAUAACCCGUCAGUAAACUUGCAUGUGUUUAUACUACGUACAAUGACUUAGCAUCCGCUCAUGCUUACCCCUUUUUCGAUUAGCUGGCAGUUGCCUGCCUUUCGCAUGCGAUUAUGUACACAGACACUUUUUUAACUUUUCACUUAUCAGUGCUUUUCUCAGACGAUUUGUAACCAAUAGGGUGUUCACGGGCGUUCGCCUAUAUUUUUCUUAAUAAAACUGAACUUAAAAAGUAGUACAGCAAGUAGUAUGAAGUCUAGAUGGUGAAGGUAUUAUGCCGUACUCCCGACAUAGAUACUUGCUAAACACAUGUCUGGACUUUUGCUAGUAUCUGCAUCGGUAGUACGGUAUAAUACCUUCGGCAUCUAGAUUUCAUACUGCUUCUAGUACUACUUGUUUGUAGAAUGUGCAUUAUAUGGUUAUUCCACAGUAGUUGAUUGUCUUCGACUCGAAUGUUUAUUGAAGUCCGAGGUCCCACCCUAAAAAGUCCCUGGAGCCCUAACUCCAUGUCCUGCACUAAAAUACUUUCUGAAACAUUUCGCUUGAUAAGUAGUAAGUGUUUAAUUAGUUGCAAAACCCCACCUUGUGCCCCAUUGGCGUCUACGUAUUUUACACUAAACCAUUAUAAGGCUUUGAUGCGCGUACCCUCAUCAAUGGCAGCCGAAACUGCACCAUUGAGUCCGUUUUCAUCUUCUCUACGAGUGUGAGCCGACAUUCCUCCAUCUUUUAUCAUCCCGCUUGACCUUCAGCAGUAUUAACGUCCCGAACUGGGUUCUUUGACGUCGGCUCGCCGAACUACCGAGUUAACAUAUGACAAACUGGUAGCAAAAUCCUUAUCUAGAUGGGCGAAACUUCCAUGUUAUAAGAAGAAUGUUCGCUUCUAAUUCCGGUGUCAUUUUUUCCAUCAAGGUGAAUCGCAUCAGUUUGGACUGUUCCCGGCUGCAGGACAAACUGCAUAAAUGCAGCAAGGAUGCCACCAAAAUAGCCAUGGAACAGAUGCACGCGCUCAUGGGCCAACUGGUGAAGGACAGUCUCUUCAAUGUCUCCUGA